AUGGAGUACUCGCGCAUCAUCCUCGCUCUCGUUGUCUACGUCGCUAUCCGCCUCAUCUACAACCGCUUCUUCGCCGCCCCCGCUACAAUCAUGUCACACGGAAAGGUCAUCGAGGUGGACAACCCCGUCGUCUACAAGGCCCUUACCUCCUCCGGUCCCGUCGUCGUCGACUUCUUCGCCACCUGGUGCGGACCCUGCAAGGCUAUCGCGCCUGUGGUCGGCAAGCUCAGCGAGACGUACACCGAUGUGCGCUUCAUCCAGGUUGAUGUUGACAAGGUGGGCUCCGUGGCGCAGGAGAUGAAUGUCCGCGCGAUGCCGACGUUUGUGCUGUACAAGGAUGGGAAGCCGCUGGACAAGAGGGUUGUUGGCGGCAAUGUGAAGGAGCUGGAGGAGAUGAUCAAGAGUAUCGCGUAG